AUGUCUUUGUUCUUCAUUGGACUCUUGGUUCCAUACAAUGACAAACGUCUGUCUGCCAGCUCUGCUGUCAUUGCAUCAUCACCCUUUGUCAUUUCCAUUCAAAACGCCGGUACUUAUGCUUUGCCAGACAUUUUCAACGCUAUAGUCUUGAUCACUGUUAUCUCUGCUGCUAACUCAAACGUUUACGUUGGGUCCCGUGUUUUGUACUCUUUGGCCCAGACCGGUAACGCUCCAAAGCAAUUUGGAUACGUCACUAAGCAGGGUGUUCCAUACUAUGGCGUGUUGUCUACAGCUGCAUUGGGUCUUUUGGCCUUCUUGGUUGUCAACAAUAACGCCAACACCGCAUUCAACUGGUUGAUCAACAUCUCUACUUUGGCUGGGUUAUGCGCUUGGUUAUUCAUUAGUUUAGCACACGUCAGAUUCAUGCAAGCUUUGAAACAGCGUGGUAUCUCUCGUGAUGAUUUGCCCUUCAAGGCUAAAUUCAUGCCCUACGGUGCCUACUACGCGUCCUUUUUCGUCACCGUCAUCAUUUUCAUUCAAGGGUUUCAAGCAUUCUGUCCAUUCAAAGUGGCCGAAUUCUUUACGUCCUACAUUUCUUUAAUUCUUUUGGCCGUCGUGUUUGCUGGUUGCCAGAUGUACUAUAAGUGUAGAUUCAUUUGGAAACUGGAAGAUAUUGAUAUCGAUUCUGACAGAAGAGAAAUUGAAGCCAUCAUUUGGGAAGAUGAUGAGCCAAAGAAUUUGUGGGAGAAAUUCUGGGCAGCCGUUGCAUAA